AUGUCAGGGAAGCAGAAGUCAGUGCACAGCACAGAGCCGGCGUUAGAGGGAUCCCCGAGCCCGCUGCGCCGCUCGCUGCCGGCCGGGACCGGACCCACCCGCUCCGCUCCAGGCGUCAUGAGCCGCGCAGCCGCCGCGCUGGGGCCGCUGCCCGCGCUGCUGCUGCUGCUGCUGCCGGCGCGCACGGCGCUGCUGGCUGGGGCCUGCAGUUGCGCGCCCGCGCAUCCCCAGCACCUCAUCUGCGACGCGGCCCUGGUGAUUCGAGCUAAAAUAUCCAGUGAGAAGGUGGUUCCUGCCAGUGAUAAUCCUCUUGAUACCCACAAAAUGAUCCGGUAUGAAAUCAAACAAAUAAAGAUGUUUAAAGGAUUUGAAAAGGUCAAGGAUGUCCAGUAUGUCUAUACCCCUUUUGAUUCGUCCCUCUGCGGUGUGAAACUAGAAGCUAACAACAAAAAACAGUAUCUUUUGACAGGCCAAAUUUUAAAUGAUGGUAAAGUCUUCAUCCAUUUAUGCAACUACAUUGAACCAUGGGAUGACUUAUCCUUGUCUCAAAAGAAGAGUCUUAAUCAGAGAUACCAAAUGGGCUGUGGCUGCAAAAUUACGACCUGCUACAUGGUGCCCUGUUCCAUCACUGCACCGAACGAGUGCCUCUGGACAGACUGGCUGAUAGAAAGAAAGCUGUACGGGCACCAAGCCAAGCACUAUGCCUGCAUCAAGAGAAGUGAUGGCACUUGCAGCUGGUACCGAGGUGGUCCUCCCCCAGAGAAAGACUUUAUUGACAUCAGCGAACCUUAAACCCAUCACUUUCUAGAAAGCCUCGGAGGCUAAUUCUAUCAAACACUGCACGCUCACAGCUUUGAACUGCCAUCCUCUAAUGUAUCUGUUGCUUAGAAACAAAAACAAAUUGUCCUGUACAGCUAAAGUACGAGUCUGUGGAAUUGGCACUCACGCAAGAUGAGGAACAAACCUCCUGGAAGUAGCUACUCUGUAAAGUUACGCUUUGUACAGAGAGGCUCAAGCUGAGAAUGCGCCUCUGUGUCCUCUAAGGCACAACAAGUUUCCCUUUUACCAAUAUGAAUGUACAAGAACAAAAGAAUUGCCAGAUUUUUUGUCCCCUAUUUCUGUUAACUUACAGAGUUUCAUUCCAGCCCCAUGUUUCAUUCCAGAUCUUGCUGAUGAACUACAGAAUGUUUUAUAGAACUAUUUUUUCUGUAUGGAAGCCUUCUGAUACAAAAGAAUUAUUGUACAGUGUAUAUGUAAUGUGUUAUAAAAAAAGAUUAAAAAAAUCCCUCUAUCUCCUUAUCUAUUGAAACAAGUUGAACAGUUUCCUGAUUCAAACAAUCUAUGCUCUGUAUUUUGUACAUUACUUAAGUCAUAGCUUUCUUUAUCUACAAUUUCAUGGAUAACUAAGUUAAGAAACAGCUUUGAUAAUCAAAAUCCUCUUACCCAAUUCAAUAUUUCUAUGGACUAGGUAUAUUUUGGUGAAAGAAAAGCCACAUGUUCUAAUGCUUCAGCAUUUCAUGGAACCUCCACAAGUAACAACAGGCUAAAACUGCACAUAUUUACAGAAACCAUGUGGGGCAUCACAGCAGCUGCAGCACCUGAUAAUGCCUCUCUAAAUAUGUGACUAGAUCAUUGUAUUUCAGCACUGUUAAAAGCCUUGGCUUUAGAAACUCAUGUAAAAAACAUAUGCAAUAGAUACUGAAUAACUUACACUGCAAGUGAUUCCUUUUAAGCUCUCAACUAUUCGAUCAUAUCAAAUAGAUUAAAUUUACAUUAAUGAUU